GACAUCGCAUGCAAAUGGCAGCCGCGCUUUACGAGGAUGUUUCUGACAUUGGAAUUUGUGCUUAUUGCCUGCUGGAAUGUGUCAGCUAAGAUGGAUCUCCAGGCUAAAAUAGAUUCUUUUGAUGACUCUGUCAGUUUGAUGAAGUGGGCAGAAGACCAUGGUCUGUCAAACGAUGAGCGAGUGAGUAUGAGGUCUAUAUGCUUGCUGUGUAGACAGAUGGAACAUCAGUCAGUUGCAGCAACAACAACAACCAAAGACCAAUUGGAGAAAAUGACGUCUUUAGAUGGCCCCAGCUCUGAAGACAGUACCUCCUUGGAGAGUAUCAAAAUUAAUGAUCAACGGCAGAAGGGUUGACCUUGUU